AUGGGUUCCAUUCAGCGUGAGCCUUCUCGACCUUCUACCGUUUGGGGUGGAACACCCGAUUGGGCCACUUUCGAAAAAGCCACUCAUCCUUCUGCGCCGUCUUCCAGAUUCCAGUCUGAUUCAGCGACAGUCCCUUCUGCUUCGACUCAUCCCGAUCCAGCGCAGCCACAAUAUCAGGAUCAAGCUUGGCAGAUUGCACCGCUCUUCCAGAAUCCAUGGCUGACGUACGAGGCGAUCGUGGUGGUUUCUCAAGGACAGUCCGUCUUUCUUGGCCGGCACAGAGAAAGCAAAGCGGCGCUCGUUAAUAUUCACCUUGUGAAGCAGCCGUUCCCGUCAGUCAAGCCACUGCUCGAGACUAUUUGUCGUUUCUCUCAUCCCAGUUUUCUGGGUCUGCUGGGGUGCUACUGUUGGGAAGAUCAGGUUUUUUUGGUAUGGGAGCCAGUAGAGCUCUCGGUGAGUCACAUCCUCGCAUCGAGGUGUACUAUCACUGAAGCGGAAAUUGCCGCAAUUGUUCGGCCGGUCCUAGAAGGUAUUCAGUAUCUGCGCGGUCGCGGAAGAGCACUCGCUGCCUUGAGCGCGGACACCAUGUUACUCACAGAGUCUGGCGAAGUCAAGAUCGCGGGAAUGGAGCUCAGUUGCCAGAUCGAUGCAGCCGAGAUGGACGCGGCCACGCUGAAGCUGUUCGCUUUGGCUGAGGUUGUGCAAAGGCUGAUCAUGAAGAACCCGCCACAGUAUCCAUGGAGUGCCGAAGCAAGGAGUCUACCUGAAGACCUCAAAAGGUGCAGUUCACCGGCAGAGCUGUUACGCGUGAGUCUUGACCGCCCCAGCCUACUCCGCAAAACGCUGACCAAUCAGAGCAAUUUCUUUCGGCAAUUCGAUGAGGGCGAACUGAAGAUGCUGGUGAACGCGGCCAACAAGACUGCUUAUCACAAUCUGGAGUCAUUCAAGCGCAUAUGA